AUGUCUCUCGAAAAAUUUAUCGAUGACCUUCCUUGCAACAGAGAGCAAUGGGUACAAUAUGCCAAGCGGGCCGGCCUUUUGCACAAGUCGCUGCGACACUGCAAGAAACUCCAGUCAGAAUCUUGCGUCAACGAUGAGCAAUUUAUGCUCUUUAGAACGAUAUGCCCCGAAUCCAUUCACCCAGACUAUUUUAAUCCUGCUGACUAUGGUCUUGACUUAACUACAGCCUCUGAUACAUUGGCAAUGUCCCAAGGCUUUCAAGCCUACCUCAACCAAGUCGGCACAAACAACUUCCGGGGCCUGGGAGAAUUUGGCACUACUCUCGUUCAACAGUGGGAAGUACUGGAAGGCCUUAGAAACGGGACUGAUCCGCUUAAGUGCUCUGAUAAAACUCCUGUCAAUUCUAGUCUGAUCAAGCUACUCCAGGCGCUUUCCUUGUUACCUACCACGACUACCUCCGAGUGGCGUAGCACCAAGAUCCGUUUGAGGGGAACAUUCGGUAAUCAUAAUCUUCGUUCAGGCGAGUCUCCUCCCCAGUUUGUUGCCAUUACAGAUGGUCAAUUGCAAGAUAAGCAGACAGGUAACAUCAAGUCUGUGAUUAAAUGCGAGAGAUACCCUCGCAAUAUGAUGGGCAAGGCAGUCGAUAUGCAGGAGGCUGCUUCAGUUGUUGCUUGGGCCAGCCAGUAUCCUGAUACUGAUAGAAGUAUCAAUGAACACCAUCGGGUUCUUGUUUCAAAGUAUGGAUGCGAAAUAUGGAUAACCUUUGCAGGAUAUGACAACUCUUGGGCAGACUACCUAGAUGGCCGUGGUGGAGGUGGAACGAGGCAACCCAGCCUGAUGACGAUGCAAAGAUACGGUCCCUACAGUAUAGCGGAUAGACUCCGAGUAUUGCAGGUGUCUACGAUCCUGCUUGCUAUUUCACUUUAG